UUGAGUCACAGAAUGGGUUACAAGCAGAAGGCAGAAGGGACUCAGAAUUGGGGAAGCUAGUUUCCCACUGACCUUGGGGACAGCUGUCAGCGUGGGAGACCGGACUUGGGCCUCAGGAAACACCUGCCAGGUUGGAUGGGAGGGAUGCUGUGGCCUCUCCCCACCCCGCCCCCUAGCCACCUUCCUCACAAUGGGCUUCAUUGCUGAGGUGGGAGGGGCAUCCUAGGAAGGGUCCCACUGGUGGCCUGCCUGUCAGACAGCCUCAGGGAACCUGCCCUUUCAAGCAUGAACCAGACCAUCCAGGCUCCCUCACUCCCAGUGUGCUCUUAGCUCUGCCUGCCUGGCUUAGGGUCCUGGAGGCCAUCUUGGAGCUCAUCCAGCAACCAUCAUGCAAGGUGGUGCUGGGGGCUGCCCUCUUACUCGGAGGUGGAGGCCUCAUGCUGUGGAUGCAGAGGAAGAAGAGACGGAAGACAUUCCUUGUGUCCUCACAGGAAGAGCAGGAGCCACCAGAAGGUCACAGAGCAAAGAAUGAGAACUGGAUUAAAUCGCACUUUAGCUGCCUUUCUGAGGAGAAGCUGGCCUCCUGCAGCAGCAGCACCACGCCUCCCCCUGAGAGCGGCAGCGGGAAGGCCAGCACCACGGUGCAUGUGGAGACCGUCACCACCAGGCAAGGCGAGGUGGGCACAGCCGUGCACCGGGAGGCCUUCACCACCAAGCAGAGGUUGUCUGGCUCCUCGGUGACCAAAGAGACCCACAGGGAGUCAGGAAAAUCCUCGUCCACGGACGCAGCCACGUGGGCUGCUGUGGCUGCCUGCACCAAGGAGAUUGACAACCUGGGACAGCAACUGGCUAACUCCAUGUUGCAGCGCGCUAUGACGUACCAGAACUCAGGCCACCUGGAGUCCAAAGACAUCAACCAGGAGGAGCUGAAGGCCCUUGAGGAGGUGGAGUUGAAGCUGAAGGGGAACUUCCUCAUGCAGCGAGACACCACAGUAGCUGGCCUGAACCACACGCACACUUUCCAUGGCCAUGGUCCCCAUGGCCACCAGGCUUAUCAGAGCCACCAGAGCCACAGUCUGCCCAACCGUAGCCAGCAGACCUACCACCCCUUUGAAGCCACCUAACCACAGAUGGAGAUCCCCUUCCCCCGACAGGGCUGGCACACGACUGCAGGCCUAUUUUCUCUCCUGUGGGGCACCCUGUGUGGCCCAGGGUUAGAGGCUGCCACCCAAACCCCUUUCUCCUCAGCCCCCCACAGAGCUCCUGGGCCCCUUCGAGUCUCUGAGGGUCUGCUGCAGAGAAUGGCUCCUGAUGGAGGGGAAGAUGGAAGGAAAGGAAGCAGCUGAGACACACUCAGCGGGCCCCUGAAGACCCACUGAGAGAAGAUAGGCGAGGCAGAUCCCAGGAGAAGCUGAGAGCCCCAGACUGGCGCCAGAUGCCUGGAACUGAGCCAAUAAAGCCUUGUAUGCCCUCAUUCUGAGUUGGGGGUCUCUGUGGCCAGCCUCAGGACUGGGCGGGGAUACGGGGAGAGGCUUCCUACUCCCACAGUCGUCUUCAUGAGGCCCUUGGCCUGGGCUUUUUGCUGGGCUGAUUCAAGACUCCAUAAAUCAGCUUCCCCGGGUCUCAGGUUCUGGGGAUGAGACGUCUCCUGUGAGCUCAGCACCCACCAGCCCAUUGGUGGCCAGGGAAGGAGGGAGCAGCCAGGUGUCAGGAGGUGGGGAGAGAGACAGGCUUUCAGGAGCUAGUAAGCAAGGUGGGCUGUGGGUCUCUUGUCUUCUUGGUGUCAUCUUCACCUUGUCUACUGCUGCUCAAGUCCUGCACUGGAGGGCUCUCUCCCUGCUUUCCGGGGCCACUGGGAUCCCCAUGAGUGCCUUCCCCUGCCUACCUUCAGAGCUGUUGUGCCGUAUACUCUGUCUUGCUCAUCGUACUAUGGCUGUGGCUGUGGCUGCUGCUAGCACUAACUGGGAGUAUUACUAGUACUACCAGCAGCUCCCU